UUUCCAGUUUCCAACAAGAUUUACAUCCAAUAUGGCGGCUGCCACGACAACGGUAAUGAAGGGCUUUUCAAACUACCUAUAAAUAAUCUAACAAUGUUAUGAAUCAUGAAUACGAGAGGAAAAACACAAGAGCGGGAGUUUAUAACCGUAGAAAUACCGGGAAACUAUGAUAAUGAUAAAAAUAGACGUGGUACAACAACAUCAUUAUGGAGGAGAUGGAAGAGACUGACAUCCUUUGAAAAGACUAUUAUAGUGGGCCUUGCCCUUCUUUUGACUGUUGGAGUUUACAAAUUUCAUGAUGAUUUUCGCUUCACCUACGGCAGUAAGCGGACAUACUCCGAGAAAGAAAACCAAAUUCGUAUUUUGCCAAUUCAGCCGGCAAUCAAUAAAGAUGAAGAGCAAAUUCAUUUCAAACAUUCACAGGAAGGAAAAUCCACUAAGGAUACAAGACAUCUAACAAAACUUGGUUUUGGCUAUGAGCAACAUCAGAAUAUGGUUGAUAAAGCUGUGAAACCUAGAGAAACAACAAAAUCAGUUGAGAUUGAAAAAAUUAAUAAAAUUAUACGAGAUCAUGAAAAAAAUGACAACAUUUUGAAAAAAAAGCCAGGUAUCAAAUCUGCAGUACCAAAUAAAAUGAAAAAAAUAAUUGAUAAGGACGUCAAUGGAAAUUCAAAAAAGCUGAAGAAACCAACAAAGAAGAUGUUAAAGGCACCUCGAUUGUUUAAUGAGCAUAACAUCAAGAUUCUUUCGUCUUCUCAACAUAACUUCAAACAAAAAGCUGUAGUUAAUGCAUUUAAACAUGCUUGGUUGGGAUACAAAACCUGGGCCUGGGGUCAUGAUGAACUUAAUCCAAUUUCAAAAGGUUACAAUACAUGGUUUGAUCUUGGACUGACAAUAGUAGAUUCCUUGGAUACCAUGUUGUUGAUGGAUCUCAAGGAGGAAUUUAACGAGGCUGGUAAAUGGGUCAAAAACUCAUUAAGACUUGACAAAGAUAAAUUUGUGAAUUUGUUUGAAGUAACAAUACGUGUUUUGGGUAGCCUUUUAAGCACAUAUCAUUUGACUGGUGAUAAAGAAUUUUUAAACAAAGCAAUAGAGCUUGGGAACAAACUAAUGCCAGCCUUCAAGACUUCAUCUGGAGUGCCUUAUGCAGAUGUUAAUUUAGGGACUGGACAGGCUAAAGGCCCAAACUGGUCUUCAUACAGCACAACAUCAGAGGUGACAACCAUACAGCUUGAGUUCAGAGAACUUUCCAGAGUAUCCCGCGAUCCUAAAUACAAAGAAGCUGUGGAUCGAGUAAGCGAACAUUUCCACAAUCUUGACAAACCAGGUGGUCUCGUGCCUAUUUACAUAAAUCCCAGUAAUGGUAUGUUCCAGUCUGGUGCCACCAUCACGCUGGGAGCACGUGGCGAUAGCUACUAUGAAUAUUUACUAAAGCAAUGGUUGCAGGGAGGUAAAAAGGAAAAAUCAUUACUUGAUGAUUACAACGAGUCGAUAAAAGGUGUGAUGCAAAAACUUGUGAGAAAAUCCGUUCCCAACCAAAUCACUUACAUUGGGGAACUACUUCAAGGUUCUCAGUAUAGCCCUAAAAUGGAUCAUCUUGUGUGCUUUAUGGCCGGCAAUUUGGCACUAGGCGCUCACAAUGGUUUGGAUAAAAGUCAUCUUAGAUUGGGUAAGGAAUUAUUGGAAACAUGUUAUCAGAUGUACGUACGUAUGGCUACUGGCUUAAGUCCGGAAAUCGCGUACUUUAACACUGAGGAUGUCAAUCAAGAUGACAUCAUAGUUAAGCCAUUGGAUGCGCACAAUCUUCUUCGUCCGGAAACGGUUGAAUCGUUGUUUUUGUUACAUCGUAUAACUGGCGAUAAAAAAUACCAAGAGUACGGUUGGAAAAUCUUUCAAGCAUUCGAAAAAUACACUAAAAUCGCGGAAGGCGGUUAUUCUUCAAUAAAUAAUGUACAGGAUGCUGAUAAUCCCAAUUAUCGUGAUAAAAUGGAGAGUUUCUUUCUCGGAGAAACGUUGAAAUACUUGUUCUUGUUGUUUAGCGACAGUGAAAUAGUACCUUUGGAUCGUUAUGUGUUUAACACCGAGGCUCAUCCUUUACCAGUAUGGACGAAUUAAUGUAUAAUAGGUUUUUCGAAAGAAUGUUACUUAAAUCUAUUGUUAUUUAUUUUUUACCGGCCAAAUGUCAUCUACCGGUUUACAAACAAAACGUUAGUUGUGCUAGCUUUGAUUUGAUGGUAAUUGGAGUUUAGUACAAAUGAUUAAAACAUUCAUGGUUUUGUAUUUAUGAACAUUACGUCUACAAGACGAUAUUUGUCAAGACAACCUCGGUUGGACAGUGUCUAACCGUAUAGAUAGGAAAACACACUCCGUAUUUUCAUGAAGACGACAAAGCAAUUAAUUAAUGCGCUGACAAAGAAAAGUGGAACCUUAAUUAAAAGUAGACAUGAUUUGAAUGACGAUAGUUUAGUUUAGUUGAAUCGACGAGUGUAAAGAAUACACUUGAAUGGAUUACUUAUCUUCUACGUAAAUAAUUUAGCUGCAUACUAAACUAGUCCGUCAUACAGCGACAAAGCUUGAACAGUUGUCGGAUCAGAUUUCGAUCCCUCGAGAAAUUCUUCGAGCGACAACCUGUCGUCUUUAUUCUAUGAAUACGAAAAUUGGGAUUGGAAAACAUGGUCUAGCUAUUCUAGAACAGAAUUAAUCUAAGUAAUGUAUGAAUAUACAAUUUCCAGAACCUCAAAUGAAUCAAUUUUAUAAGCUCCUUUAUCAAAACUUAAUUUGUAUCUUAUUUUAAUUGUUUGAAGUUCACAGUAAAUGUGAUGCGUUCUUCAAACAAAAAAGUGAAAUAAAUUAUUAAAUCAAA